AAUGGAGAUCAUAACGUGGCAAGCACAAUGAGAAAAUAUGAUUGCGUGUAUGAAUUGGAUAUAACGAGUUAAGAAAGAGACGUGGAAAAACAGGGUGGAAGAGGAAAUGACGACAAGAACUGUGAUGUGGAUAUUCGCGGUGAGGUUGGUUUUUUGUGUAUUCAUGUCUUGGCUUCGAAAAUCGGUUGGAGCUUUUGUUGUUGAGAAAACGACAUUCGGACGGAGACAUUGUUAAGACAGGUGAUGGAGGCGCUUAGGAUGGACAUGGACUGAUCAAAGGUUGUGUUUGCAUUAUACCAUGAUGCAAGAAAAAUGAACAACAUACCUAGUACCUAGUGUAACUCCACAAAUGAGGGUCGGAGAGGGUGGUGCAUACGCAGCCUUAACCCUACCUUUCGAAGGUAGAGAGGAUGCAAGAGACAUAUCGGGAAAACCUAUACUUGUGAAAAGAUGGGUGCUCUCUCUCUUUCCAUCCAUCUAAGUCUUAGAUGACAGAGUUACUCAAUACCUACGAUGGCGGGAGGUAGCAGAUACCCCACACGUCUUAUAGGAGUGUACGAUUGACUCGGUCAGGUGGCAAACAAGUGGUUGAAUGCAAGUUGAUCGAUCCAGAGGACAUCAUUAUGAAAAACAGUUGAAGUCUAAAAUAUCUAGAGGACCAAGACUAUGAUCAGAAACACAUAUUACAGAUUGCACAUACAACAUUUUCGUAGUUCUUGAACAAAAGGUUGAAUUGCACACUAACGAUUCAAUAAGGAUAGUCUUUUUUUCUGUAGUAUGAGGAUCCAAUAAGGAUUCGAUUCCUCCUCUCUCGAGUGUGCCUGGACGUGCUGUUUAACUUGACACAAGAUAUCUGAACAGAAGACUUUCCGAUUAUACAAUGUGUAAAUCUUCCAAGCACAAACCUCUGAACCAUUCAAGAUAGUGAGAAUAAAUUGAGAUGAAACUCGAUUCAUCAUUAUCGUUACGUUGAGGAUUAGCCAGCAGUAUUUCACCUGUUGGAAGGGUUUGGCCCAAUAUUGUUGGAAUAGAAGACCUAAAAAUUGUUUAGAAUAAAUUUUUUAAUCAAUGGAGAUACCUGAAGGCGCGGUAAUCGAGAUCUUGUUGCGUCUACCAUUGAAGUCUCUCUACGUAUGCAAGUGUGUCUCAAAGUGGUGGUGUUCAAUCAUCUCUGAUAUUGAAAAACUUCAUCAUGCUCGCAAUUUAGGCAUCUUCGUAUCCAAUUUCGGUUGUUCAAGUUUCAAUUACUUGUUCCAAUCGAAGCUUACUCUGAACAAUAUCUCUCCUACACAUUUUAUCAAACAGUUGGUGGGCGGUGCCGAUGAAUAUGCAGAAAUUGGAUUGACUCAAGUUAUCAAUGGACUCUUUUGUACGUACACACCAGCGGGUCGCACCGGUGUACUCACGCUCUGCAAUUGCUACACUUCUGAAAUAAGAGACAUACCACUUCCAAGGUUUUCCCGAUGGACUCGUAAAAUUCAAUUUUAUUUUGGAAUUGAUCGAUUGGGUAUCUACAAGCUGCUAAGCCUUGGUUUCCUUGCUGAUCAUGUAAUAUACCAACAGGUUCUUACUUUAGGAGGAAUGAACAAAUUCAAUGGCGAUAUCAUCACUACACGUUCUUGGAUGAACAUGUUCAGCCCUGAUUUUAUACCAGAUAGUGAUGUGAUGUGCAAACCUAGCAUUUGCAUUGACGGGAUUCUGUAUUGGUUGAUUCAAUUUAAGGAAAUGAGUCACCGGAAGAUACUCGCAUUUAGCCUUUCACGAUAUCAGUUCUAUUAUAUCUCCCUACCUGCACAGAUGGUAGUUGCAGCAGCUACAAUGGUGAACUUCAUGGGAAGGUUUACUGUGGGAUGCCUCGACUCUGGUUCAAAUAUAUUGAAUCUAUGGCGAUUGAAUAAACGGCAUCGAUGGAACAAACACUCCAUUAACUUACCUGAAGAACUCGUGAGAUGCAAUAGAAAUAUGUGGUGUAGUUUUGGUAAUCUUCCAACAGGUGAGAUACUGCUGGCUAAUCCUAAAGCUAAUGACAACGAUAACGAUAAUGAUGAUUCUAGUUUCAUCCCUAUUUAUUCUUAUCAUCACUCCACUCGAAAGUUUCAGAGAUUUGUGGUUGGAAAGCUUACAUCUUGUUUGCUCGAAAAGUCUUCUGUUCAGAUAUCUUGUGUCGAAUUAAACAGCAGCUGCCAUUCAAUGUCCCUUGAAGCUUUAUUGCUCAAACAACCAAUUUCUGUCCUCUCGGAAGAGGAAUUGUCUUUCGAAGAAGAGGAAAUGACUUUAGAGGAAGAGAAAAUGACAAGAGGACUCAAACAUUUUCGCACUCCACAGAUUAGCAAGUUGCUCAGACUCUUCAAAAAUGUCAAUACAUACGUGUCAGAUUCCUCGAAAGAAGUGUAGGUGUCUUCUCUGCAUAUUACUGUGAUGGCUGAAGAUGAUACUCAAAAUAAGAACAAUUUGAGAACAACUUUUUUUUUUAGUAUGAUAAUGAUAGGAAAUGAGCUUACUGUACCGAGACUAUAACUUAUUAUCUAUUGUUCUAUAUUUAUUUCUUAAAGAGCUUACUCCUCA